AUGACUUCACUCAACUCCCCUUCUAGAACGCGGGAGAGUACCGACAACUUGCUUGAGCAACAUGGUUGUCACCUUGAGGAUGGAAACACAGUAUGCUGGAACGAUGACAGCAAAGAUCACCCCAGGAAUUGGAGCCUUUUCGCAAAAUGUUACACGACUGUCGUCAUCUGUUGGGUCGAACUAUACAUGACUGGUAUAAGUUCAGCGGGAACUGCAGCAUCUAAUUCUGCUCGCAUGGAAUAUGACAUGAGCAGAACACUCGGUGUCUUUGCUUUUGUCACGAUGUACUUGCUCGGACAGACUGUUGGUGGCAUAGUCUGCUCUCCAAUAUCCGAAACAUUUGGCCGACGCACACUGUACAUCGUGGCUUCCGCCAUGUUCUGCAUCUUCUCAGUGAUCACGGCAGCUGUACCUUCAUCUAUCGCGGUGUACUUCGGUCGCUUCUUCCAAGGGCUCGCAGCCGCAGUCCCCGCCUGUGUAGCGUUCGGUAGCAUUGAAGACAUGUGGGCUGCUCAAAUCCGAAUCUGGGUAGUAUACUGGUAUACUGUCUCCGGCUUCGUCGGCCUUGUAUUGGGGCCCAUCUAUUCGUCAUACAUCACUCAAGUAUAUGGGUGGCGUGUGGUCUUUUACGUGUCCGCCAUAGUAGCUGCAAUUUCUACUGUCUUGUCUUUCUUCAUGAAGGAGACAAAGGCCACCCAGCUCCUGCAAACCAAGGUCGACGCCAUUCAUUCAAAGACUGGCCGUGAUGAUCUAAACGGGCCGUCGUCCUCCGAAGGAUUCUCUGUCAAGUCAUUCGUCAAGGACUCAAUGUUCCGACCUCUUCAGUUCCUGGCUACAGAGCCUAUUGUUUUUUUCUGCUCUGCACUUUGCGCCAUCGCCUUUGGACUUAUCUAUGGUCUUACAGAAGGCCUGACAGUCUCUUACACCAAUCCUCCUUUCGACAACACCUUCUCAGAAACUUCUUCGUCAUUGGCAUUCAUUGCUAUCCUCAUCGGUAUCCUUCUCGACAUUUUGCCACGCUUCUACGAUGACUAUCUGUUCCGAAAGUUUCGCAAAGAGCAUCGACGACUAGUGCCAGAGACCAAAAUCCGAUCAUUCGCUCUAGCAUGCCCUGCUCUUGCAAUUGGUCUUUGGAUCUUUGCCUGGACGAUACCACCAAGAGUAACCAACGUUCACUGGAUCGUCUCGAUGAUAGGUCUGGUCUUUGUCGGAUUUGCCACGGCUGAUCUCAGUUACGUACUUUUCGGCUACUGCACUGACUCGUAUGGACAGUACGCUGCCUCAGCUGUAUCAUCCCUAAGCACGACACGCACCAUUGCCGCUGCGGUGUUCCCGCUGUUUUCAUAUCAGAUGUUCUCAGGGCUUGGUGCAAAUAUUGCUGCGACCAUUCUGGCUGCAGUAGCGACCUUGUUCGCCUUCACUCCAAUCGUAUUUUUAAAGUACGGGCGCACACUGAGAAAGAAGAGCAAAGUGGCCGCUGAUGAUGAGGACUGUCUGGCAGAGGAGAACAAACACAUGGAUAAUGAUUCGGAUGGAAAAGAUGCAGAAAAGUCUUCCGAGAAUGUAUGA